GUUCGUUAAUUCAGAGAAGACUAGUCAAAUAUCGUCGACUUUGGCAUUUCCAGUGCGCCAGAUGAAAUAAGGAACAAUUGCCUCCUGCUACCUCUCGUGUUCAUAUUGUUAGAACAGCAUCGAUUUUAAAAGUGACCAAAAGCAGUUACGCUAGUUUUAAUGGCGGCGAAUACGUGGACGAUUCUUGAAACAAUUGUUUUGGUCAUUGUAUUCAUAGCAGCACUUUGUGCAAAUGUUAGCUUGUUUUAUAUCGUUGGUACGACUAGAAACCUUCAAACAAAAGCAAAUGUAUUUAUCUUAAACCUGGCUGUCGCAGAUCUACUUGUCGCGGUCAUUAAUCUCCCUGUGACUAUAAUAACUGUUAUUGCCCAAGAUUGGGUGCUUGGUAAGACGCUUUGUCAAAUAUCUGGAUUUUUAACAUUGCUCACGUUCGUAGCAUCGUGUAUGGCUUUAUCCAUGAUCAGCAUAAAUCGCUACCAUGCUAUAGUUUAUUGGACAUGUUAUGAGAGCAAGUACACUCGCCGUAAAUGUGCUUUUUAUGUUUGUAUUACCUGGUUUAUAACAAUCAUGUUAUCUAUACCUCCGUUUUUUGGUUGGGCGAAAUUCGACUAUGAUCCAGGACAGAGUUAUUGUUUUGUUGAAUGGAAAGCAAGUAAAUCGUACACGAUCUUUAUGAUUGCAACUUGUUCAUGUGGUCUGUUGUCUAUAAUGACUUACUGUUAUGUUAGAAUACUUCGUUAUCACGAAGAUAGUGGCAGAGAUGUCCGCCAAAUGGCGGUACGUUCUAACAGCCCUUCGUUACAAACUCUUGAAAUGAUGGACAAAGCACAGGGGUCAAGAAAAAAUCGUUUGACAAGAACAGUAAUAGUGUUAAUUGUCGUCUUUGGCAUUUGCUGGUCCCCUUUUGCGAUCAUAAUAUUGAUCCAAGUAUUCUCCAAUGCGCAUGUUCCACGCGCUGUGGAUUUUGGAUCCCUGGUUUUGGGAUACUUAAACAGUUUUUUCAACGUGGUUGUGUAUAACGCAACGAAUAAAAAACUUCGACGGCAAUUUUUGAAUUUUUUUUCAGUGAUUAUCUUUCGAAAAAAGGACAAACGUUCGCAAUACACUGAAGGCGCGCAUUGUCACCGUGUCAGUGCAUCGACGGGGAAUAAUAUUUAAAUUUUAGUCAAUAUUUUAUUGAUGCCAAAUCAUCAGCAGUUAACUAAGAAAAGACAGAAGACUAAUUGGUCGCAUUUUCACAGUGCAUAUAUCGACGGAAAACUGUGCCUAAAAUAAAUCAAUACUUUAAAUCAGGGGUCUCCAAAUUUUACAGCCAGAGGGCCACAUGAACUUUCAUCAAGCAUGUUGAGGGCCGACGAACCGUAUACCGCUGGUCAAAG